AUGGUCGCGGCGGCGUUUCCUAUCGUCAAACUGGCGACACUUGCCUUCAGACAAGUGGCCAAACCGAUCGCCAAUUCGUUCAAAACGCGGGCGAAGUCGUCGCCAUUCUUCCGCAACUACAUCUGUAUGCCUCCGGCGCAGCUCUACCACUGGCUAGAGGUGAACGUCAAGAUGAAACUGUUAGGUCUCGGCAAACCAUCGCAGGUCCAGAAGCUCAACGAACAGUCGGCCAUCGAGUUGGGCGCCGAACUGCUCGGCGAAACCAUUAUCUUCACAGUGGCCGCCGGCACUCUCGUCGCGGAGUACGUCCGGCAGUCACGUAAGGCCACCGCCGAGGCAGCGGUGGUCGAAGAGCGCUGGACACAGACCGAGCGCCGCAUCGAAGAGUUGGAGUUUUUGAAUGAUAAACAGGCGGCUGAGGUCCGCGAGUUGACCAGAAUUGUCUACGCCCUCAAGUCAGGACCCGGAGGUAGUGGUGGUGCCGGUGGUAAACAGUCCGGCGCCGAUGAUAUUGGUAAAGCCAGUCGCGCGAAGGGUCUGUUUGGCCGCGCGGUGACCGACGCCGCCGAUAGUUUAGGCGCGAAGUCCUAA